AUGAAAGAACAGCAAAUAUCUGAGAGAUUUUUAAGUUUUUUGACAAGAUAUUAUAAGGAGAUUUAUGAUGAUUUUUCAGAACCAGAUUUGGAUGUAAUAAAAAAGUUGAAAGAUGAAAUUUUAGAUUUUGAGAAUCAAGUAAAUCUUUCUGAUAUAAUCUCAAAGAACGAAGAGAUUGAAGAUUUGAAUACAACUGAUAUAAAAUAUUUAUUGUAUUCUUACAUAAAAGCAGAAACAGUAAGGUAUUUAAAAGAUCACAAUGUACCAAAAGAACGAGUAAAAAGAAAAGACGAUUUGGAGGAAAUCAAUGAAUUAUAUUUACAAUUUUUUAACGAUACCCUUGAAAUUAAAAAUACAAUUUUUAAAGAUACUUUAAAUUUGGUAGAUAAUUUGCAGAUUAAGAAAUAUAUUGAAGAAAAGGAGAAAGAUUUUGCUAAGGAUACUAGGCAAUCAAAGAUAAUGAGAUCCAAAAAAAUUAAAGAAUUAAAAUCUACAUUAUCUUUGUUCUUUAAAUCUGGAUUUAAUUUAUCAGAUGAUGGUGAAAACAGAGAUAUGUUUUUGAAGGCGAUUAACUUAUUCUUUUUAGAAUCAAUAGAAAAAGUUUCUAUGAUAAAUAAUGAAAUUAAUUUAUUAAAUUAUGUGAUAAAAGAAGAAUUUGCAAAGAUUUAUGAAAAUAAAAAUAAAGAUAUUAAUGUAAAGAAUACAGAAUUUCAGACUCAAGAACAUCAACCUGCAAUGAAUGUACAUCAUAUUGCACCAAAUGUUCGUUGUUUAACAUCUAAAGAAAAUAACAAUGCGUGCUUUAUGUUUAAAGAUAUUAACACUGGGAAGGGAAUUACAAUAAAUCAUAGAGAACAGUUUUAUUCCAAAGUGUUUGGGCCAAGCCACACUCUUCCCACAAUUUCUAUAGCAGAAGCUGCUGAUAUGGAACUUAAAGAAGCUUUAGAACAGGAGAAAUCUUCAAGUAUUGCUAGACAAAAAAAAGAAGAGAGAGAUCAGAUUCUACAUGAUAAAGAGUAUAGCAAAGAAGAAGAAGAAGACGAAAUUAAGGCCAGAUCAUGGGAUGAUUGGAAAGAUCUAAAUCCUAAAGGUCAUGGUAAUACUAUAGGAAAUCGUGGUUAA